AUGGAGAAGAAACCAACCUUCGAAAGGGAGGGUUCGCGCCGUAAUGUAGCCGUAGUAGUCGCACUUCGGGAAGAUGGGGUUUUCAUUCCUAUGAAUUUAGAUGAAUGGUUAUGGCUGUGA